AGCAGCAGCGAGAGUGACGAGUCGCGAUAUCAGUAGGGACUGGAAGUGAAGUUUAGUGAAGUGAAGUGAGCGACGGAUCGGGCAGACACUCGGACAGACGGACAGGCGGACAGGCGAGGAAGUGAGUGCGCGUAUUAUUAUGUCUCCCGUGUCCGAGUCCUCGGAACGGCUCCCUUUGUGUGAAUCAGUGUAAAACAAGGCGCGAGACCCCGAAGGAAAGCUCGAUGCACGAGACACGUACAAAAUUGUGCGCGGGUUUAAGCAGCGUCGAAGCAGCGAGGACUUGCUAGCCCUUGUCGGAGGGUGUUAACCGGGGUACGAGACGGUGUUAAGCGGAGCGAAGAAGGCCGCAGGCAGCCGUGUUUUGUUUAAAAUAUGCGGGAAUUCAAGGUAGUCGUCCUUGGCUCGGGCGGGGUAGGGAAGAGCGCGUUGACGGUACAAUUCGUCUCGGGCCUCUUCAUGGAGAAGUACGACCCAACAAUCGAGGACUUUUACAGGAAGGAGAUCGAGGUUGACAACUCGCCCUGCGUCCUCGAGAUCCUCGACACCGCCGGCACCGAGCAGUUCGCCAGCAUGCGCGACCUCUACAUAAAAAACGGCCAGGGUUUCGUCGUCGUCUACAGCCUAACCAACCACCAGACCUUCCAGGACAUCAAGGCGAUGAAGGAGCUGAUCACUCGUGUCAAGGGCACGGAGCGGGUGCCUGUCCUCCUGGUCGCCAACAAACUCGACCUUGAACAUCAGCGCGAAGUCCCAACGACAGAGGGCAACGGCUUGGCCCAGCUUUGGGAAUGUCCCUUCGUCGAAGCCUCCGCCAAGAAUCGGACCAACGUCAACGAGAUGUUCGCAGAGAUCGUGAGGCAGAUGAACUUCAGCCCCGAGAAGGAGCAGAAGAGAUACUGUUGCUGCGCGAUCCUCUAAUACUUAAUCAAAACCUUGGCCGAGCAGACUGAACGACGAUAGGUAGAUAGUUUUAGUGACGCCGACGGUUGCACAUUUCUAUCCGCAGUUGAAAAUAGAAGAGAUCGGAGUCGACGAUGACGAAGGAAGGCGUUUCGUAUAGUGAAACUAACUGUAAACGGAUAUUUUAAUACACCUAUAAUAAUAGUAUUAUUAUAUGUGCAUAUGUACGGAGCACGACAAACUGUUACCGAAUGCGUAUUUUCGAUAGGAAAUUAAAGAAGAGAUUGCGUCCUGAAUUUUAUUCAACAGGCAAAUUGAUGAGAUUUUGAAAUAUGUGAUCAAGUGAUGCAACGGUGCUAAGUUUUGUGGGUCUAAUGGGAAAAUUUUUCAAAGCAAAUAAAAACUAAUUGGAGAAAAAAAAAAGAAACCAAAAACGGUAUUGAACCCAUUCUUCGAUUGAUAAUACGUAUUUUGUAGUGGUUUUCAACUAUGUGCUCAGCAGCAGCAGCAACAAUAGCAACAGCAACAGCAACAGCAACAGCAGCAGCCUUUCGACCGGUCGAUAUCUAAGAUUUAAAGAAAAUACACACAGUGCACCAAUUUUUUUGGUAAUUUUAAAGUUGGAUUACAAAAGUAUGUUUCUAAUUGUAACUCGUUCCGAUUAUUUGUGUUUAAAAGAUUUACCAAUGUGGAGAAUUUCAUCUGUGCAAAUUCUGAUAUUAAAAUUUUUCAACCCAUAUCUGUUGGCCGGUGAGUUGCAGAUACGUGUUCGUGUUCCACGAACCCAUAUUUUCAAUACCGAACCUAUUUUUCUACCAUGAUGAAAGUAACUUGAAAAUUUUUGCUAAACUAGACUGUCUAGUAUCGCAAUGAAACAUUGUUUCGGCAAAGUAAUUUCAUCAUCUUGCAAUUGACGAAAUACGUAUCUGCUACCGACUCACUCUGUGGUUGUAUAUGUAUAUGUAAUAUUCUUGUAAUAUAUAGCAGAAAUAUAGGGAGGCGAACGAAAAGUGAAUAAACCCGUCGUAGUUCUUUCGGCUUCAAUGUUACAUUUUACCGUAUUAAUCGCACCGACAAGAAUGAGGCGAAUGAUCUGCAACAAGGACACGUUCGGCAGAAAAUCGCUGGAGGAAAAUCUUGACUGCCCGAUAAUUAUCGCUACGUAUCAACAGAACCCUGAGAUGCAGUAGACGACUCGUGCUUUCUGCUCAAUUAAAAGAAAUAACAUAUGUAAAGGAAACAAAGUUCGAAACCGCUCUGUACUCGUACACGAGGGUCGUAUUACUUGCAAAUUAGGUGCUGAAUUACCAGGGGGAGGGGGGAGGGGGGGGGGGG